GUUACUUACAGUGACUUUCAUGGGGUGUCAGAGGCAACCAGGAACAGGGACUUUCCUGUGCUGUAGGAGGAGAUCAAACACAGAGGAAUCAACACAACCUCAGGAAGAGGGUCAACCGAUGAUGCCAACCACCAUACAACAACCAACAGAAGCAGGAACACCAGACCAAAAGCAAAUUCAAGCUGUUGCAUCAAAGGCGGUGGAGAAAGUGUACAAAUCUACAGGUAGCUAUGUGCAGAUUCUCCCAUGGGUGGAUGAUCAUCAGAGACACAUAAUGGACAUCUACACUAAGCUAUGUUUAGUUAAACAAGUUGACAUGAGUGGGAUGAUUCAAACAAAGAAAAAUACCCUGCAGCUAUAUGAAGAAAUGUUCCACUCUGAAACAAGAGAGAAAAAUCCAAUCAAACGUAUCGUUAUCAGCGGAUCAGCAGGAAUUGGCAAGACAACCCUAAUUGACAAAAUUGCUUAUGAUUGGGCAAUGGGUAAGAGUGAGACACUCAAGAAGUUCGAACUUGUUUUUGCAUUGAAAAUGGGUUCAUUGCAACAAAGUAGCAACUUAGAAGAUGCCAUUUUUGAAAAGCUUAUUUCAAAAGACUCUGUAGAUAAAUCUGCUUUGAAAGAGUUUAUUGACAAGAACCAAGAAAAAGUAUUGAUUCUCUUGGAUGGAUUUGAUGAAUGUAAAAUCACUUCAACUGACACAUCCUCAUAUGGUACGAUUCUCAAAGUUAUUAAUCGAAAGCUGGGCCCAGAAUGUUGGGUAGUUAUUACAUCCCGUCCUCCCAUUGACAAAUUAGUCAACUCAGCAUUGGUUGAAAAUCCCUAUACUCAUGUGAGAAUUGAGGGGUUUUCAGGUACAGAUAUAAAGGAAUAUGUGAACAAAUUCUUCCCUGGGGAUCAUGACAAGGCUAGCAAGCUUAUAGAGCAGAUUAAACUCUCAGAUACCUUGUCUGAUUUGGCAAAGAGUCCCAUGCUACUGCUGCUGAUGUGUUUGCUAUGUGACGCAGAGAACACCCUCCCAGACACAAUGACACGACUGUAUAACAAAGCACUGAAAUACAUAUUCAAAAGAAAAACAAGAGACAUCAAAGACGCUGAAAUAUCAAAUAUUUUGAUUUCUAUUGGGAAGGUUGCUCUAGGUAGUCUCCUUUCUAAAGAUCAGUCAUUUGCCUUUAGCGAAGGGGACUUUGAAAAGACUGCAUUAGAUGCAGCAAUGAAUGCAGGUAUCCUCACUAGUGAGAGGGUCAUCGAUGGGCUUGAAACCUAUCAAAGAGUGUCUUUUAUACACCAAACAUUUCUGGAGUAUUGCGCAGCAAUGUACUGGCAAAGCUUGUUCCUUAAAUCGAGAAAGGCAAAGUUUAACGAAAUCCUGAAGAUUGUUUUGAGUACACCAUUGACUUUUCCUUCUCACCUCCUGUCUCGUUAUGAGUAUCUGCUCCGAUUUUGUUGCGGAAACAAUGAGGCAUGUACAAAUCGUAUUUUACAGAAAAUUCCUCAAGGCAGAGAUUCGCGACUUGUCACUAUUUGCUAUUUCGAGAGUCAGUCAAAGGAACUUCCACCAAAAUCAGUUAUCAGUUCAAUUCUGACUGAUGAUAUUGACAUUUCAGAUUGGAAUAAUGAUAGUACAAACGCAUACUUUCAUUUUCUGAAGCAAGUGGCAAGAAAUGAUCACUUCACAAAGGUUAAGAAACUGUUUGCAACAAGUUUAAACUUCCAGAGGUUUGGUAGAGAUUUGGUAGAGUCGAUAAAGCAAAUGACUAAUUUACAAUCUCUUUCUCUGCAAAGCAGCUCAUUAACUGCUGCACAUACUAAUCAAAUCCUAUCAUCAUUGGCAACUCCAUCAACAUUGACUGAGCUAAACCUCUCAGGGAAUGAAGCCUUGGGUGGCUCUGUGUCAUUGUUGGCUCCUCAAUUGAUGGAACUGAGGCGCCUCAAGAGGCUGCACUUGCUGGGUUGCUUACUGGUAGCUAAAGAUGUGUUACUCAUUGCAAAGUCAAUGGGUGACAUUCUGGUUGAUCUAGAUGUAUCACAGAACAAAGGAUUGUGUGGCUGUGCAUCCAAUUGGGGUCCUGAACUGGGGAAACUGGAAUGCCUUCAAGAUAUUCACUUGAGAGACUGUUCACUGCAAGGUACAGAUAUAGAGCACAUUGCUGUGGCAUUGAGUGGUGUGUCUACUCUGGUUAGUCUAGAUCUCUCACAUAAUCAUGCAUUGGGUGGCAGUGCACCAUUGGGGGCUUUGAAGAAAAUGAACCACCUAAAGGACCUGACAUUAGCAGGGUGCAAUCUGACAGGUGAUGAUAUAGAGCCCAUUGCUGAGUCAGUGAGUGACAUGCCCAACCUGAUUCGUCUAGAUCUCUCAAAUAAUGAAGCAUUGGGUCGCCAUGCAUCAUCCUGGGCUCAGCAUUUGAAGUUAAUGAAACAUCUGAAGGAACUGUCAUUGGCAAGGUGCUUUCUGACAGAUGUUGAUAUGGGGCCCAUUUCUGAGGCAGUGAGUGACAUGCCCGACCUGAAUCAUCUGAACCUCCAGGCUAAUGGAGCAUUGGGUGGCUGUGCAACAUUGUGGGCUCAGCAUUUGAAGAAAAUGAACCACCUGAAGGAACUGUCAUUGGCAGGGUGCACAUUGAGAGAUGUUGAUAUAGAGCCUAUUGCUGAGUCAGUAAGUGACAUGCCCAACCGGAUUCAUCUAGAUCUCUCACUUAAUUAUUCAUUGAUUGGCUGUGCAUCAUCCUGGGCUCAGCAUUUGAAGCUGAUGACCAAACACCUCCAGAAGCUCUCACUAUAUGGGUUGAGAGAUGAGGAUAAGGAGUACAUUAAUGCAUUAAGUGAUUUGAAUUUUGCCAUAUUGGAUUUCACAGACCCAUCAUGGUUGAAAAGAAUACGAUUUGGACAAUUUCCACCAUUUUAGACAAAGCCCCAUUUGUCGUAAAUGCAACUCAUUCCAAGUUACUCACGCUGAAUCUGUCAUGUCAUUGAGUCUGUGAUUUCCCUGCUCAACUGUGUUCUUCCUUUAUUUGAGGCAAAUGAAGCUGAUCAUGUUUAUUGGAGACUGUUGGAUGGAAAUGAAAUUACUCCCAAACCAAUGAUGUAUUAUUCCUUGAAGUCUUUGGUUGUCUCUUGGGCAAUUCCAUUGUUACGGACAUUACAUUUCAGACAGUUUUCAGAAGUUCAAGAGCUCAGCAAACACAUCUGCUUAAUGUUUAUAUAAAAUCUUCCCUUACCACAACAUAGUAGUCCGUAUAGAGACUAACACUGUGAAUUUCAGUAUGUCUUAUUCAUUUAUUAAAUAUCACUCAUUAAUGCUGCUGUUACGGACAUUACAUUUUUUGGACAUGACAUUUGACUACCCCUAUAAUUUGUACAAAAGUCUGUGAGUUUUGGGUUCUCAUCAAUGUAUUUUUGGUACCAAUCAAUUAGAGAUGGUGUAAAAGAUGUACAGGUACAUUUGACAGAAUUUGUCGUAAUUUUGGUCUCUAGAGCACAAAACAUGGCGUUACAUUUGGAGCGUUUUGGACAGUACACUGUUGCCCCCUUUGUAGCUGAAAAAGUGUUGAAAUGAUGCAAUUUCUUACUUUCUUCACUUAAUCAUCAAAUAUAGACAGUCUUCAUUGAGUUUCAGUUUUAAGUGGAAUUUCCAUCUUUCAGCAUCUAUGUCCAACAAAACUAAGUAAUUGACACGAUUGACGUAUCAACUAUCAAUAAAGCCCAAAAACACAAUAAGCCAUUGGCAAGUUAGAUUUCAAUAACGUCUGGUAUAAUGACUCGCUUAGUUACAGUGCACCGUUUACAUUUUAAUUCAGGUCAAAUCAGCCACAAUUCAGACCCUAGCAUCUUAAAUGCAAUUGAAGCUUAAAAGGAAAUGACAUCAUUGGAUUAUGGAAGAGUAGACUUUAUCCCAUCCUCUAGUUCUAAAGGAACAGUUCAGUGACAACAAUGCAACAAGUCUUUACAGAAUCGCAGUCACAGUUUGCUUUGGGUUUUCAAGUUGUGUCUAAAUGUUAACCAUUCCAAGAUGUUGACUUUAUUCAAAUCAAUGCUAACGUCAGUACAU